CCCGAACACACUCUUACACUCUCACCGUCUGGAACAUUCGCCCUCCUUGCGCUUUGUUCUCUUGACACCCUCUCCCACCACUCUUCUUCCCCCUUCCAACAACAACAACAACCACCGCGCACCUCGCAUCACCACAUUCACCACCCCUCUGCGCACUGCACCCACCGUCACCAUGGCCGACUCCAAAAUCAUUUCCAACACCGCUACACUCGAAAAAUACAACAAGCUCACCCAGCAUGACAAAGUCAUUGCCGAGUACGUCUGGAUUGACGCCAGCGGAGGUGUGCGCUCAAAAUGUGCGACUUUCGACAAGAAAAAGGACAUGAAGAACUGGGACUGGUCCAAGGCUCCCAUUGACCAGUCCGAAGAAGCCAUCAAGUCCCUCAAGGAGUGGAACUUUGACGGCUCUUCGACUGCUCAAGCUCCAGGAGACAACUCCGACGUCUACCUCCGACCUGUCGCUGCCUUCGCCGAUCCCUUCCGUGGCGGUGACAACAUCCUCGUGCUUGCCGAGACCUGGAUGUCUGAUGGCAAGCCCAAUGCAUUCAACUUCCGCCACGAUGCUGCCGUCGUCAUGAAGGCACACGAGAAGCACGAGUUCUGGUUCGGUCUCGAGCAAGAGUACACGCUCCUCGACUUCGAGGGCUGGCCAUAUGGCUGGCCCAAGGGCGGUUUCCCCGCUCCCCAGGGUCCAUACUACUGUGGUGUCGGAACGGGCAAGGUCUUUUGCCGAGACAUUGUCGAGGCACACUACAAGGCCUGCUUGUACGCCGGCAUCAACAUUUCCGGUACCAACGCAGAGGUCAUGCCCGCUCAGUGGGAGUACCAGGUCGGCCCAUGCACAGGCAUCGAUCUCGGUGACCAGCUCUGGAUGUCCCGUUUCAUGCUCCACCGCGUCGCCGAGGACUUUGGCGCCAAGAUCACUUUUGCACCAAAGCCAAUCCCCGGUGACUGGAACGGUGCCGGUCUUCACACCAACGUGUCGACCAAGGCGAUGCGCGAGGACGGUGGCAUGAAGCACAUUGAGGCGGCCAUGGAGAAGUUGGCCACUCGUCACAAGGAGCACAUGAAGGUGUAUGGUGAGGGUAACGAGGCCCGCAUGACGGGUGCACACGAGACGGCCUCGUACGACAAGUUCACAUGGGGCAUCGCCAACCGUGGAUCCUCUGUGCGUGUGAACCGUGCUUGCGCUGAAGAAGGCAAGGGAUACUUUGAGGACCGUCGUCCUGCCUCCAACGGUGACCCAUAUCAGAUUACUGGUCUGAUUGUCGAGACUAUUUGCGGCAAGGUCGAGGGCGCAGACGUCUUCAAGACCGCGUCUCAACAACCCAACGAGGUCGACACUGUGGUCCCCAUUUCGAAGCCUUAGACGAUUUUUGUUUUUCUUUCCUCCACACGAAGAAUCAACGACUUGAACUUGAACUCGAACGAAUCGCACAACCCACCAACCGACGACCCACUCAUACACACACUCUACCACUACGAAGAUGAUAUCCCUCCCUCGCAUUACGAUUGGUUGUGAUUGGACUGUACUACGGGCAGGACAUGGUGUCUACGGAAGCGUGGAAAGAAAGACAAGGCAGACACAUAUAUGGACCGAGAGGAGAAUGUGCCGGCCUUGGUUUUUUUUUUCUGCUUUCUUUUGACACUUUAGCUUUUCACCAUAGCGAAAAGAUACGACUUGACACUACUCACCUGCGCGAUUUUCUUUUUUUCCCUUCC